AUGGCACCCAUUGUUGAAGCUGGCGAACCGAAGAAGUAUGAUUACUUGGUGAUUGGUGGCGGUUCUGGCGGAGUGGCGUCCGCCAGGCGAGCAGCUGAGUUUGGCAUCCGCGCUGCUGUGAUUGAAGGUGGCUCGUUGGGAGGAACAUGUGUGAAUGUAGGUUGUGUCCCGAAGAAAGUGAUGUUCACGGCCGCGUCGAUGGCCGAGAUGCUGAAUCAAAAGCAUUUUGAAGGCUACGGAUUUGAUGUCCAACUGAAUAGCUUUGAUCUUAAGCAAGUUGAGCGUCCACGCUCGGUUGACGUUAAUGGAACUGUGUACACAGCUGAUAACAUUUUGAUCGCUGUUGGUGGACACGCUUUGGUUCCUGAUAUCUCCGGUGCCCAUCAUGGCGUGAUUAGUGACGGAAUUUUCGAUUUGGAUAAAGUUCCGAAACAUGCAGUGGUCGUUGGGGCUGGUUACAUCGCUGUUGAAAUGGCGGGCAUUUUGAAGUCCCUUGGUGCAGAAGUCAGUUUGGUCAUACGAUACGACAAAAUCCUCCGCAGUUUUGAUCAGAUGCUGAGUGAGAAGGCGACUGAAAGCGUUGAGGAACUUGGGAUUAACCUCAUCAGACACGAUACAGUGGAGAACGUUGAAUGCGAUGGAGCCGAGAAAGUUCUGACCAUCACGACGAAAAACGGAAAGGUGCUCGAAGGGGUGGAUUGCUUACUUUGGGCGAUCGGUCGUGGCCCAGGAACCGAGAAACUUGGUUUGGAACACGUUCCUGGAAUCAAGCUGGGCCCUAAAGGACACAUCAUUGUGAACGACUAUCAGGAGACUGGGGAACCCGGUGUUUGUGCUCUUGGCGACGUUUGUGGCAGAUGGGAACUGACUCCUGUUGCGAUUGCCGCGGGUCGCCAGUUGGCCCAUCGACUUUUCGAUAAUAAGGCGCAGGCGAAGAUUGAUUAUUGUGACAUUCCGUCUGUCGUGUUUUCGCAUCCUCCACUCGGUAAGAAAAUGACUGAUACCUCAUUAAAAAAAAUCGUGAUCGGAUUGCAUUUGUUUGGAAUCAAUUCGGACGAGAUUUUGCAAGGCUUUGCUGUUGCUGUGAGAGCGGGUCUCACGAAGGCCGAAUUUGACCGAACAGUCGCAAUUCAUCCAACUACUUCAGAAGAAUUGGUUUUGAUGCGAAAUCCCACGCCUCCUACGGUUAAAGUGGACUGA